AUAAUAAUAUUUUUGUUGGGCUUAAGAUUUUUGACAACAUGAAAAAUUGGAAUUGGGCUGGAUUAAGUAAAUUAAAGCUGGUUAUGUUAAAAAUCAAUUAUUUUCUGGAAGCACUCCACGCUAGAAAUUUUAUAGGAAUAUUUUGUAUUUUCACCUCCCUCACACCAGAAAACCGUCGCCCUCUCCGCCUCUCUCUCACUUUCUGCGUUUCUCGUAGCCUUGCAUCUCUCUCACCUCUCACUCGGCGCCGCACGGAUCUUCCCACCUUGCCUUCUCCGGCAGCAGCUGUAGCACGGUACGUCCCCCUUUUUCGUCGCUCCCUCCGCCUCGCCUCUCACUCGCCACCGCAAGGACCGACCGGUCCCGUCUUCUCCGCCAGCAGCUGCAAAAUGGAAAAUCAGCAGUAGCGCAGCAAGCCUCGAGAAGUUCACCUCUACAGUUGCAUCAGUUCGCCUCUCUGACCUCCGCGGCUCCGAGUUUGUGCCUUAGGGCUUCAAAUAUCCCCCUUUUUCUUCUCGUUCUUCUCCAUCCGCGAUUUUUGAAUUCUAUUGUAUUUAUCUGCUAUUCAAACUGUACCUAUUUGUGGGUUGGUGAAUUUUGAAUUUUUCUUUUUUUAUUUUGUUUAAAAGAAGGUUUCUUGAUAUAAUCCGAUUUGAAAACUGAAGUUCUAGUUGUUUAGAGUUAUGAUGAUGUUGGUUUCUGAAAAAUUGAGAUAGGAAAAUUUGUUGGGCAUCUUGUUGGUAUAGAAAUUGGUCGAUUAUUUUUGGCAAAUUUGUGAUUUUUGUGGUGUAAGAUGUGGAAGUGGAAAAAACUGCAUAAUUUAUCAGUAAAAAUAACUUCCUAAAAUGGCGCCAAAAAGUUUAUGUUAGCAACUGUGUUUUCAUAUAUAGAUAGAUUCUCAAAGUAGUAAAAAUCAAAGAAAAUAUCCAUAAAUCUUAAGCCGCAGCAUCUUUGUUUAUGCUUCUACUUCUUCUUCUCAAUUCCUGCUACUCUCGCCAGUCGCCAUUGGUGCGCACUUCACAUUAACAGUUUCUUCUGUAAAACAAUCUCUCAUCAGCAAAGGCGACGGCAAUAAACACGUGUUCGUGCUACCUAUAACAAAUUGGAGGCCUAUCAAUAAAGGUCGAUGUUGUAUGCAGUUUCUUUUCCUAAUACUUGCACGAGCAGCAGCAUCUCUUAUCCCAGAGUGAAAGUUCCAAAUUGUCAUGAAAAGCAUUCAGCUCCAACAAGGUUUCGAGUCUCUGCCUCCACAGCCGAGCCCAAUGGGGUCAAGACCGAGUACACUCCUUGGCUAAUUGUGGGAUUAGGGAACCCUGGAAACAAAUAUCACGGAACCCGCCACAAUGUCGGGUUUGAAAUGGUUGAUCGCAUCUCUCAAGUGGAAGGCAUUGUGAUGAACACUAUACAGUCGAAAGCAUUAGUUGGCAUAGGUUCAAUUGGAGAAGUACCAGUUUUAUUAGCUAAACCCCAGACAUACAUGAACUUCAGCGGAGAAGCGGUUGGGUCGCUGGCUGCAUAUUAUCAAGUGCCCUUGCGUCACAUUCUACUGGUUUAUGAUGAGAUGAGCUUGCCAAAUGGAGUUUUGAGGCUUCAACCUAAAGGAGGACAUGGUCACCACAAUGGGGUGAAGAGUGUUAUGGAACACUUAGAUGGGCGUCGUGAAUUUCCCCGGUUUUGCAUAGGUAUUGGGAAUCCGCCUGGUACAAUGGAUAUGAAGGCUUUUCUUCUUCAGAAAUUCAGCACCUUGGAAAGAAGACAGGUGGAUGCUGCACUGGAACAAGGUAUCGAGGCGGCGAGGAGCCUUGUACUAGAAGGAUUCACUGGUCGAAUAAAAAGAUUCAAUCUUGGCCAGAAAUACAAGUAUCAUCAAGUUUGAUUGUAUUUAGAGAUGUAAUGUAAUGUAGGAUAUAAAGAAUGCUAUUAAUCUUCUCUGGGCUUUUGUGGGAAAUAGCCAUUAUGUCAAAUAUCCCAGGAUUUAUCAACUACAGGUAUUAGUGGUCACUGGGUUAAAAAUCUCACCCUAAAAUAUCGAUGUUAUAUCUCAAAAUAUACGAAGUAUACUCAAGUUUUAAUUUUUAA